AGACAGUCUGCUGCCACGAUGGCUGGUCUCCAAAUACUAACGGUAUGGCAAUUGAGCAAGUGGAAGGAGGCAUGCUUGGGGCAGAAGGAAGGGUGAGGAAGGGCGACGAAACAGAGAAACAAGUUGUCUGGCACAUUGGAUACUAUCAUAGUAGUUUAUAGCACCACCAUCGGUCAUCUAUUGCAUUGGAGGUGGUGUUCUGCCUCAGGAAAUGGAAGAGCCUGCGCAGGCGGCAGGUGGCAGGAUUGGUGAGGCCGAAGUGACUGAAGUGGUGACGGUUGCGACCACCAGUCAUCAGAGCUUGCUCCCAGAAUCGCUGAUGCAGAAUGUCACUGCAAUCCAGCCGUCUGCGACAGAGGAAGUUGCUGUCAAGGAGCAGAACGGUGGUGUGAAUGGGGUUGGUAUUGAUGGGGUCAAGCCUGUUCGUCCACCCCUCUCCCUUGAAGAAAAGCUGGCUCGUGGCAUUGCCCCUGUAAGAGAGGAGUUUCUGUGGACGCCAGAAGAGAGAGAUGCCUGGAAGAAGGAGAGAGCAGCAAACACCGGGCAGUCAGCUGAAGGAGCCGCGGACGGUGCGAAGGUAUCUGGAUCUAAGCUGAGCAAGCGGGCGAUGAAAAAAGCGAGGGCUGAGGCCAAGAAGACCAACGUGUGCGGAGUGGUCGCUCGAACGGGGAACUCAAACGCCUGCACAUACGGCAGUCAGUGCCGCUUCAGUCAUGACCUUACACUGUUCUUGGAGAAAAAGGCAGCUGAUCUCGAGGGGCCCUGUCCGUUUGCAUCUGAUGAGCCGUGCCCCUUCGGAGUGGCUUGCCGCUAUGCAACAAAGCACAACACAGGGCCUGCAGUGGAGGAUGGGAAGCCUGUGUUCAGGGGGACCGCUAAGAAGGGGCCCGGUGACGGGGUGUUUGUGCCAAGGGACGAGGUGAACAGUUUAGACAAGGAUCUACAGAAGAGGCUGUGGAAGCAGCAGAUUGCAUCCCCGCGCGCUUCAGCUGCCCUCAAGCAGCUGGGGAUCCAGAUCAGCCACCAUGGCAGACAACUAGAGGAGGAAGGCGUUGCAGGUGACAUGGAGCAAGAAGGUCCAUCCGAGCCCGCACACGUCCAGACGAAAGCUGACCACCACAUUCCCUCCGAAGCACUGGCGGCCAGCGUAGCGCAAGAGACAAACGGAGUGGCCGAGCCGAGUAAAGUUGAGCCGAGUAAAGCCGAACCCCAGAUGGACAGUGCGGGCUUGCAAGCAGGAAGUGUGGAUGGAUCAGCGCUCCCGUUAGCAGAGGAGAGCGGCUCUGCUGAUCCGGCAGGCAGAGAAGGAACGGAAGCAGCGGAAGAGGGCAAACGGAAAGUCAACGGAGAAAGUGAACCGACAGCAAAGAGAGCGAAGCUGGUUGAAAAUGGAGCUGGUACGGAGGUGGGCCCGACAAAGUUGUGGGAUGUGAAUGGGGGCGGGGCGGAGGGCCUCGGUGUCGAGAGGCGAGGCAAGCGGACGAUUGACUUCCGGGGGAAGCUGUACCUCGCACCGCUGACCACCGUCGGAAAUCUGCCGUUCCGUCGGGUUUGCCUCGGGCUGGGCGCCGACAUCACGUGCGGGGAGAUGGCGAUGGCGACCAACCUGCUGCAGGGCCAGCAGUCGGAGUGGGCGCUCCUGCGGCGGCACGCGAGCGAGGCGGUGUUCGGCGUGCAGAUCUGCGGGAGCAAGCCGGACCACGUGGCGCGCGCGGCGGAGAUGAUCACGGACUCGUGCUCCGUUGACUUCGUGGACAUCAACAUGGGGUGCCCCAUCGAUCUAGUUGUCAACAAGGGCGCCGGGUCCCACUUGCUGCUGAAGCCGAAGCGCAUCGAGCAGAUUGUCAAGUGCGCGGUCGCCGCGUCGCGGGUGCCGGUGACCAUCAAAGUCCGCACGGGGUUCUUGGACAAGCAAGCCACUUCGCACCUCUUCAUGCCCCAGUUGAGCUCGUGGGGAGCUGCCGCCGUAACGGUCCACGGCCGUUCGAGGCAGCAGCGUUACAGCAAGCAGGCGGACUGGUCGUACAUCGCACGAUGUGCAGAAGCCGCCAAGGGGGUGCAACUGAUCGGCAACGGUGACGUCAUGAGCUUCGAGGACUACAACGCCCACGUGGCCGAGGCCCCCGAGCUUGCCACGUGUAUGAUCGCGAGGGGGGCGCUGGUGAAGCCGUGGCUGUUCACGGAGAUCAAGGAGCAGCGUCACUGGGACAUCAGCGCGAGCGAGCGGCUGGACCUGCUCCGGCAGUACUGCAAGUUCGGCAUCGAGCACUGGGGCUCAGACGACAAAGGUGUCGAGACCACGCGUCGCUUCCUGCUGGAGUGGCUCAGCUACCUGCACCGCUACGUCCCCGCCGGGCUGCUCGAGGUGCUGCCGCAAAAGAUGGCGUGGCGGCCGCCCGCGUAUCGCGGCCGGAGCGACCUGGAAAUCAUGAUGGCCAGCGACAACGCCGCGGACUGGGUGCGCAUCAGCGAGAUGUUGCUGGGGCCGGCACCCGCUGGGUUUAGCUUUACGCCCAAGCAUAAGUCGGGCACAGUAGAGAACGGUUGAGGGUGGCUGAUCCGGCGUGUGUGGCGAGACGUUGGACCUCGAGGAAAAGGAUAGUGAUGGCAGGAUACUGAUGGUGAUUGCGCUGCUUUCUAAGAAGUCGCUCGCGUGCGCGAUGCAUCUGGUCAUAUGGUAGAUGAUUGUUUGGAACUGGCAACAUGCCUUGAGUCACUCCCCUAAUUUCGUACGUUUGUCGUUUCUUUCUUCCCCAACUCAAAAC